CUUUGUCACCCAAGCGAUGCCGUUCAUUGCUUAAAGGCACAGAUAGCGAAAAAUGCUAUCAUACUCAACUUUCAAGAACACGCAAUGUGAAGUCGUAGAUUGGACCAUCGAAUCGUGAAUGUUCACCAUUCGCUGCCCAUAUUGGACUGCCCAUAUUCCACCUUCGUGAAUUGUGACGCGAUCCACCCCGCGAUCCCCGCAAUCAUCAACAAAAAAUGUUGGCUGUGAUCGUCCGUGUUGACAGCUCCUUCGAAGACAAGACACAGACAAAAUGGCGACUACACACGAGGCAGAGGCCUUGAUCACCUCUCACGAUCCCCACCACCCCGCAAACCUCAUUUGCGAGCUCUGCAAGAAGUUCUACACUCUUGGAUGGGUCACUGGAACUGGCGGCGGCACCUCGAUUCGUGAUGGCGAACGUAUCUAUAUUGCGCCCUCCGGCGUUCAGAAAGAGCUCAUGAAGCCGCAAGAUUUGUUUGUCAUGGACUAUGCGACUCGGGAAUACUUGCGCAGACCGCCGGUGCUGAAGCCCUCGGCAUGCACACCCCUCUUCAUGGCUGCCUUUACGCUGCGCGGAGCGGAUUGCUGCAUUCACACCCACAGCAAGGACGCCGUCCUUGUAACUCUGCUUUGCGAAGCUGCCGGUACCGACGUCUUUGAAAUUCAGAAACUCGAGCAGAUCAAGGGUAUUCCCAAGGGUUAUGGUGAGGAGAAGAAGGGAAACCUUGGAUACCACGAUCGUCUUCGCAUCCCUAUCAUCGACAACACUGCACACGAGGAGGACUUGAAGGACACACUCGAGGGUGCCAUCAAGCAGUGGCCUGAUACCCACGCCGUCCUCGUCAAGAGACACGGAAUCUACGUUUGGGGCAAGGAUGUUGCUCAGGCAAAGACUCAGUGCGAGAGUCUGGACUACAUCUUCCAGCUUGCAGUUGAGAUGCACAAGCUCGGCUUGCCCUGGAUCCCCAAAUGAUUGAUCGAAAUGUUGGACUAGGUGUGAUCUUGUCACCGCACACCACAAGAAGGAUGGGUACAUUCCACAUGUCGCUAUGUAUAGACGUAUAAUAUUGGGAGCUGGCAUCUCGAAAGUGCCCUUCAGCUCCAUCCUGGCGAGCAAUCCUCCAUCGACCUUGAUCUGUUUUUGGUAAAAGCUCACAAAUCGCCCUAUGUAGGGCACGCUCGUACAAUAUAUUGCAGUAGUAUUAACACUAGCAUGUAAGGGCCACAACAGCGCAUC